UCUCGCGCGUCGUGUGUGUGUGCCAGUCUUCCUCGGGACGUCGCGCCGCACGUUGGACCAUCGAUAUCGACGUCGCGUCGCACGUGUGCAUUAUAGUACUGCUCUGGCAGCCGCGACUCGCGAGUGCGAUAAUUACAAAAAUAUAUAAAGUUUGGACCCGGGUGCUCCGAGUGUACGAUCCUGCGACAAUAUAUAAAAUAUAUAAUAAUAAACAUAUAUACAGGCAGUCACGCUGAGCGUUGCUACUGCUUUGACAUCUUUGAGAAAAUAUAUAUGCAUAACUGUCGGUGUUACUCUCUCUCUCCAGUCUCUGCUGCUGCUCGUCGUCGCCGUCGCAUGUGCUGCACAUUCCGCUGCGCGAUCGUCUCGCGCUGGUCCAAAUUGCAGUAGCAGCGACGGCGGACACGCGAGUUCAUAAUACACAUAGUUAGUGCAUAUAUAGGUGCCCACCGAAGAUCUUCUCUCGUAUACACACUCCGAGACACACGAGAGAGCGAGCGAGCGAGAAGAACCAACAAAUUUAUAUACGUAUAUAUAACAGAUCUAUCUCGCGGAGAGUUACCUAGUAUAUAGAAGAGAGAAGUGCGUCUGCGGAUCGCCGAGUGCUGCAGUGCGCGCGGUGAUAUCUAUAUUCGCCAGAUACACCAGACCGAAUCGUCGUCCUCCUACUCCUCUCGUCUCGAUUCGUAUAUAUUAUAUAUACGCGGUGCGCGCGUGAGUGUGCAUAUUAUAUAUAUACUCGUGUACCAUAUAUUUAACAAGGAGCUGCAACACCUGUGCCGCGUGCAUACAUCGUAAAUUAUGUAUAAGAUGUGUUGUUAACGCACGAGUGAGAGAGCCCCUACCUCCGUGUGCGACAGUGUCAGCUCUCUCUCGUCGACGUAUACGAUAUACAACGCACGAAUUUUCAAACUCGUCGACUCGGCACAAGAAGAAUGAAAAAAAAAUAACAACAAAAAACAAAAUACGAGAAGCCCGCAGCAGAGCCUGUGCUACUCCCGAGUUUUCUGCACGCGCGCACGCCUCCUGCGUACACGAUAACACAAGGCUUCGAUUCGUCACGAUCGUCCGUCCGCCCGUUGUUGGCUGUGUGCUGCGGCAACGAGUGUGCAACGAGCCAACUGUAGUUGCAGCAGCAGCGGAGGAGGAAGGGAUGAAACGAUCGUCGAUAUAACAAUAAUAAAUAGCAACGAGGAGAGAAGAAGAAGUAAAAAAGAAACCAAGUUAGCUCCGAGAGCCUCGUCGCGCGCCUCGCGCAUGCAUAUUACUCCACAUCGGCAGCUAUAUAUAUCGUAACACGCUUGUGUGACUGCACAACAUUGACAACGAUAACAUUAGCGAAGAACGACGACGAUCAGUCACGGCCAACCAAUGUCACAUCGUAGGAAUACAACAGUCGUCUCGUAGUUGGUGCUUGCGUGUGUCCGCGUCGGUGGUGCGGUGAAGUAUAGGAUAUAUAUAUUCAAGAGGUGAUAUGGUGUCGCUGGGCGGCUCAUGCGCAAGCAGCAGCAGCACGUCGGAAGAAGAAGAAGCAGCAGCUAGCAGGAGGACGAGCAGGAGGACAAGCAAGAAUGACAGUGGCUGCGUCGUCGGCCGUCGCCGGCGUCGUCGUGCCCUGGCAUCGGGCCCACAUCUAUAAGGUGCUGGUCUGCAUCGUGCUGGCGCUCAUCGCGCUCCAGUACCUCAGCGGGGCCAUCGAUCGCCGAUCCAUCGAGACCAUCUUCACCAUCAACACGAGCAGACCACCGCAUCAGCAUCGAACGCUGGUGAUAUACGGAACCGGUGGUAGCGCCGCGUCAGGCUCGGAGGAUGACAUGCAGGACGAGUCUGCGAGCAACGCCAGUAGCAGCAGUAUCGGUAUCAGAGCCUCCGAGGCCAGCGGAGCCAAAAACGCCAGCUCGAUUGAGAGCUCGGCGGCGGGGCCCACCAGCAAGUCGUCGUCCGAUGUCAAUGCCUCCAACAACAACAAUAACAACAACAACAACAACAACAGCGACGACGGCAGUCGGGAGCCGCCCCUGUGUCCGGCUGUACCGCCCAAUCUCGUCGGCCCGAUAGCCGUGAGCAAGAGUCCGCCCGACCUCAGCGCCAUGGAGAGGGCGUUCGCCCGAGUGAAGCAGGGCGGCCGGGGCGCGCCCGUGGAGUGUCGCGCCCGCUACCGGGUCGCCAUCGUCGUGCCUUUCCGCGAUCGCUUCCCGCACCUCAUGACGCUGCUGUACAAUCUGCACCCGCUGCUGCUGAGACAGCAGCUCGACUAUCAGAUAUUCGUCGUCGAGCAGGAAGGUACCGGGCAAUUCAAUCGGGCGAUGCUCAUGAACGUCGGCUACGUGGAGGCGCUCAAGGAGCGGCCCUUCGACUGCUUCGUCUUUCACGACGUCGACCUGCUGCCCGAGGACGAUCGCAACAUCUACAACUGUCCCGAGCAGCCGAGGCACAUGUCCGUGGCCAUCGACAAAUUCCUCUACAGGCUGCCCUACAGCGACCUGUUCGGCGGCGUGUCCGCCAUGACGACCAAUCACUUCCGCAUGGUCAACGGCUUCAGCAACGUGUUCUGGGGCUGGGGCGGCGAGGACGACGACAUGGCCAAUCGCAUCAAGUCCCGCGGCCUGCACAUCUCGCGCUAUCCCGCCAACAUAGCCAGAUACAAGAUGCUGACGCACAAGAAGGAGAAGGCCAAUCCGAAAAGGUACGAGUUCCUGAAGAGCGGAAAAAAGCGCUUCCUCACCGACGGCCUGGCCAAUCUCCAAUACGAGAUAAUGGUGAAGAAGAGGCCCAAGCUCUACACCUGGUUUCUGGUGCGGCUGACUCCGCCCGCGCAGCCCAGCUGAUGGUUGCCUUGGAUCGUCGGUUAGACACCGUCAACGUCGUCGUCGUCGUCGUCGCUACGAGUCGUCCUCGUCCAACGUCGCGUCGUGUGUAUUAUCGCUCAGUCGAUCGCGCGCAUCUCGUUUUAUCCUCGUGUGCGCGCGACUUUGCCAAUGCGAUUCAGUAAUAAUAAAAAUAUUCAUGAACGAUACAUACACACACACACACACACACACGCGGCCGAAGACUGGCGCACGAGAGAGCGAACACAGACACGCGUCGUUGCAAUUGUCUAUCCGUAUACGAUCCACCAGUCGCUGGCGAAUACAGCGUAUAUAUAAAGAAUUAUAUAUUUAGGAUCUUGUUUUUUUUUUGUAUUUGAGCGCGACGUUAAACGCGCGUUACGUGAUUUAUUAUUAUGAUUUUUUUUUCUUCCCCCUCGUUAUGUAGAUGUGUAUAUAUAAUAUACGUGUUCAUGCACCGAAUGCGUGUGUGUAUGCGCGAAUCGGUUUUUUGUAUCGUCAUUAUCGUCAUUCCUUAAAGAGAUAGAUAGAUAGAUAUAUAUAUUUCGAAUUACGAAUGUUACGUGUAUAUAAGAUAUUUUGUUUUUUC